AUGGAAGGUUUUAUAGAAGUAAACGAAAUAUCGGAUUUUGUUUCAUAUAUAAAGAGUAUUGAAUGGAGAGACCCAUGGCUUAUAGCUCUUCUAUCUUUUCAUGUUCUUGUUACUUUUACUUGCCUGUCAACUAGGAAUUAUAGCAACUUCCAAAUUUGUCUUUUCAUAACACUAUUAUUACUUGUUUAUUUCUCGGAGAGCAUAAACGAAAUUGCCGCAAGGAACUGGAAUCUGUUUUCAAGACAACAGUACUUUGAUAGCAAAGGCCUAUUUAUAUCGGUGGUCUUCUGCAUACCAAUACUAUUGAACUGCAUGAUAAUGGUGGGGUCAUGGCUGUAUCAAUCAACACAAUUAAUGACAAAUAUUAAAAAAGCACAACUUCGACAGCGCUACAAAGAAAUGAACAAGCACAAAGAUCUGCAACUACGCGCGAAGGCAGAA